AUUGAUGAUAAAUAUGGCUUUGCAAAAACUUCCAUUGAAGCGUUUUUUUUUCGGAUCCUCCUCCAUCUCCUUUCUUCAGUAGGUCUGCAUUUUUCAACUUCAUCGGUAAACACAUUGUUUCUUCUUCUUUUCUUUUUUUCUUCUUUUGCCGCCCAAAAAAAUAAAAAAUAAAAGAGAAACAAGCACCCAAAUAAACUACCAAAAAAGAGAAACCGCCAAAAAAAAAAAAAAAACAAAGUUGGAAAGAAACAAAGGUUUGUCAGCUGAAAAUGCUUUAAAUUUUUUGGGGAAGCGCAGAUCUGCUUUAACCAGUGAAAAAGAAGAUAUUUAUCUAGAGAUGGAAGCAUUACCAAGACAUGUUGCAUUUCAAUCAAAAUAUAAUUCAAAGUAUCUGAGCUUCAUCCCUAACAACAAAGAAGAGAUUCAAGGACUCUUGUGGUUCUCCAGUGAAAAAGUUGUGUCACCAUUCAACAAGUACAAAGUGGAGCGUGCAAAGAACACGAGGGGAUCGCUCGUCCAUAUAAAAUGUGUCUACAACAACAAAUACUGGCGUAGGGAAAACCCAAAUGUUUUGUGGAUUACAGCCACGGGUGAUGAGCCAAAUGAAAACCGUUGCGAUCAGUCAUGCACAUUGUUUGAGCCAGUUUAUGUGAAUGGAAAAGAUCCCACUGAAGGAGUAAGAUUUCGCCAUGUUCAGAGCAUGAACUAUGUGUGCUUAUGGCAUGCCGAAGAACCCCAUGCUUCCUGCUUACAUAUGGGCUUAGCUGAUCCUAACAGUGAAUUACGCGACGUGGUCAUUGUCAUUGAUUGGGACAACUUGGUGAUAUUGCCCAAACAUGUGACUUUCAAAGGCGAUAACGGUUUAUACCUUGAUGUAUUCACUGAAUCUGGAAAUGUAUACCAGAAGUUCUCAUCAAAUGACCCCGGAGCUCCAGGUGUUAGGUAUGAGGUGUUAACUACCAACAAUGGCACCGUCAUUAUCAAGUCUUCUCUUAAUGAAAAAUUCUGGAGAAUAGGCGCUUGGUUAUAUGUGGAUGGAAGUUUAGGGUUUAAGGUUGAUCAUUCAUCUCCCAUAGAUAACACCAAGGUUUCCAGUGACUUGUUGUAUAAGCCUAUUAAAGUUGGAGAUAAUAAGAUAGCUGUCCGCAGCAUACCUGCCAAUCGGUUUUGCAACCGAGUAGAGGGAACCCAAAACCGUUUGGAUGGAGUCGCAGCCACAAUUUCAAACGAUACUAUUUUUGAAGUGUCGGAAGCCAUUGUUUGGAGGGAAAUUUACAAUGUUGAGUAUAAUCUUCAGCACACAAGGAUCUAUAAACAGGCUCCCGUCAUAAUGAAAACCGUGUUUGUCGAGAAUAGUUCCUCAGAACCCAAAACCCAAGUGUUGACAUUCAGCGUCAUCAAGACUACAACCACCACCACCACUUGGAGGAACAAUGUUUCCUUAAAGUUAGGAGUUAAGGCGAAAUUCGAAGCGGGAAUUCCUAUAAUUGUGGAUGGAGAUGUUAUAAUAUCAAGUGAUGAGUUUAAUGGAAUGUACACGUGGGGUGAAGAUAAUGUGACGAUCCCAACACUGGAGAAUACAUGCACGGUUACAGUGCCGGAAAAGUCUAAGAUUAAAGUGAGCAUGUUGAAAACUAAGGUAUCGUGUGAAGUUCCUUUCUCAUACACUCAGCGUGAUAUGCUUAUUGAUGGGAAAUGCGUUACCUACGAAAUGGAUGAUGGUGUUUACACUUACAUCAAUUCUUCCAACGACUUCAGGAUUGAUAAAGCAGAACCGCUUCUGUUUACUCAUAUUUCUGUUAUAUGAGUAUCACAUAAACUGUUUAGGUUCUUAAUUACAACCAUCUAGCUUUACUUGGUGAUCCUCGUGAAGAUGGUUGUUUCCUUCUUUUGAGUUAUUUUUUUCUUGUUAUUUUAAUAAAAUGGAGGUCAUACAUGCUACUCAUGUAUCGUCCCCAUUGCAUAAACAAAUGUAUUAUUGUGGUAAAAAUUAUAUUAAUUCUGUACUCUCUCA